CUCGGGUUUAAAGAGCUGCGUAUUUUUUAUUUUGUACAAGAUUUUGGCAAAAUCAGCAGAAAGAAAAGAAAAAACCUUUCCAACCGUGGAAUGGGUUAUAUUCGUGUCAAUCUUUCGCGUAUAAUAAAAUGUUCGACUUUGUGAACUUUUUUAAGAAUUUAAUCUACAACAUGUUGGCAAUAUUUUCGUUCGGACGGAAGAAGCUCUCGAACACCCUGAGCAUCUACGUGAAAACAAAUACCGGCAAUACUUUGUCGGUGGAUCUGGAACCGCACAUGGAUAUAAAGGACGUGAAGCAAAUUGUGGCUCCACAGCUCGGCCUUGCACCGGACGAGCUGAAAAUCAUCUUCGCCGGGAAGGAACUCUCCGAUACGAUUACUAUAAGCGAGUGUGAUCUCGGUCAGCAGUCAAUCAUCCACGCAGUCAAAGCGAGAACAUUCCCAAAGAAAAGCAACGGGAAAACAUUAUUAGAAACACCCAUCUCCGAAGAAACCCCUGAGGAACCAGUUUCCACAAAGCCAUUAUGUGAAACGCUGACCGACCUCCAAAUGACGGAAGUGAACGAAAAACCUGGAAGCCCUUCCCGGGAACGAAGGAAAGCUCAUUUCUUUGUGUACUGCUCUCAGUGUGAGAAGGUUUGUACUGGCAAGCUGCGAGUACGUUGUGGUGUUUGUAAAAGUGGUGCCUUCACGGUCCACCGUGAUCCCGCUUGUUGGGAUGACGUGCUGAAGAAAAAACGAAUCACUGGGCACUGUGAGAACUACGAAAUUCCUUGCGUAGAGAACGAGCUUGGCGAUCCACCGUUUACUGAGUUCUAUUUCAAGUGCUCGGAGCACUCCUCCGGGGGUGAGAAGGACUUUGCUGCUCCUUUGAAUCUGAUCAAGACAAACCAUAAGGAUAUUCCAUGCAUAGCUUGCAUCGAUAUAAGUGACACCGUGCUGGUAUUUCCCUGUGAGGCUGGUCACGUAACCUGUCUCGACUGCUUCCGUCAAUUUUGCGCAUCCCGGCUGCUGGAGCGCCAAUUUCUGGAGCACCCAAACGGUGGAUACACACUGCAAUGUCCGGUGAGCUGCGCGAAUUCCUACAUAGAGGAUGUGCACCAUUUCAAGUUACUGUCGAAGGAACAGUAUGAUCGCUAUCAACGUUUUGCAACCGAGGAGUAUGUCCUGAGAAACGGAGGGGUGCUGUGCCCCCAACCGGGAUGUGGAAUGGGUCUUCUUGUGGAUCCGGAGUGCAAACGUGUUCAAUGUCAGAAUGGUUGUGGGUACGUGUUCUGUCGCAACUGCCUGCAAGGGUACCACAUAGGGGAAUGUCUGGAAACGCCGCAAUCGAGUGCGGGCACCGCACCGAACUACACCAUCGACCCGCUGCGUGCGUCCGAAGCUCGGUGGGACGAGGCUUCCAAAAUUGCCAUCAAAGUUACAACCAAACCUUGCCCCCAGUGUCGAACGGCCACCGAACGCGAUGGAGGCUGCAUGCACAUGGUGUGCACUCGGUCUGGCUGCGGCUUUGAGUGGUGCUGGGUCUGCCAGACCCCGUGGACCAGAGACUGCAUGGCAGCGCACUGGUUUGGUUAGGACUGUGAGGGCGAGUUUAGUUACAAAUGCAUGCGUUGGAUUUUUUUUUUUAUUUCUUGCGCUUCUUCUAAGUCAGGUCAAAAGAUUGAGAUUAGCCAAAAUUAGCCGUUAAUAAUUAUAUUUUCUUUAAUAUAUAUUUUGUUGUGAAAAUAGAAAAAUAUAAUUCUGUAUAUACCACACGAAA